UCCCCUUGGAGAAAUCUUCCGUGCCCGACUGCGACAGUUUCCUGCAUUAGUGAACUGUUGCACCAUCGACUGGUUCAGUCCCUGGCCAGCAGACGCCUUACGGUCGGUAGCCCUGCGAUUUCUGCAAGAUAUCGACAGCCUCCAGUGUACUGAUGAUGUCAUGAAUGGCUUGGUUGCCAUGUGUCAGAUAAUCCAAGAGUCGGUGACGCAGAAAUCUAAGCUGUACUUAGAGGAGAUGGGUAGAUACAACUAUGUGACUCCAACAUCCUACCUUGAGUUGUUGGGCAUCUACUCAAUGUUGGUGAACAGGAAAAAGAAAGAGCUGACGCUAGCAAGUUCUCGGCUCAAGACAGGUUUAGACAAGAUUUUAGUGACCACCAUAGAAGUGACAAAGCUGCAGGAAGAACUGGCUAUGAUGAGUCCAGAAUUGGACAAAGCAGUCAAAGAAGCCACACUAACUAUGGAUCAGAUUGCAACUGACACGAUUAUUGCAGAAAAAACCAAAGCAGAAGUGCAGAAGGAGGAACAGAUAGCCUCAGUAAAACAGAGCGAGACUGAAGCUAUUGCUGCCGAUGCUCAGAAGGAUUUAGACGAGGCCUUGCCUGCUUUG